UCGACAUACCUACCUAUCGAUCGACUACAUCCAACACUGUUUUCUUCUAAUGUUAGGUAUUUAUUGAGGUGUUAGGUUUUUUGAGGUAACUUGAAAACAAAGUUAUUUGAAAGAAGGAGUCAUGGAAGCCCAAACUUCUCAAUCAGAAAUUCCCCCUGAAUGUCAACCCGAUGAGGUAGUUAAACUAGAACAACAAGUGGUACCAGCGACCCCUUCUGGUAACAUCACAGAAAGCUGUUCAUCAUUAGCAACACCUGCGAUGCCGAAAGAUAUCAAUAUCCAAAAACCGUCCCCGAAAAAACCAAAGAAACGUAAACCCAAAGUACCGCGAGAUGUUACGGCACCAAGGCAGCCUUUGACAGGAUAUGUGCGGUAUUUAAAUGAACGCCGAGACCAGCUCCGAGCUGAGCAGCCAGAUUUAGGUUUUGCAGAACUUACUCGCCAGUUAGCCAGUGAAUGGAGUAAGUUGCCAGCAGAAGAGAAACAACAGUAUUUGGAUGCAGCAGAUCAGGAUAAAGAGAGAUAUAUUAAAGAAUGGGCAGAAUAUAAGAAAACAGAUGCCUACAAAGAAUUCAGACGUCAGCAGCUGGAACAAAAAGAUUCAAGUGUGCCCUCUAAAAAAAUAAAGCACAAUCCUGUACAAGAUACUUCCACUGUUGUUAACCAGGGAAAUACACAAUCCACAGAACAAAAUGGUGUACCAGUUAAUGGCAAUACAGUGCCACCAAGUCAGGUGACACGGCAACAAACACCACCCAGGCCAAGACCUUGUAUAACACCAGCUUCAGAGGACCUUGGGGGUGGGGACACGGACAUUCCAAUAUUCACAGACCAGUUUUUGCAGCAUAACAAACUAAGAGAAUCUGAACUUCGGCAGCUUAGGAAAGCUAAUGCAGACUAUGAGCAACAGAAUGCUAUCCUGCAAAGGCACGCGGAGGAGGUGAGCGGCGCGACGUCGCGGCUGCGCGCGGAGACGGCGGCGGCGGUGGAGCGCACGGCCGCGCUGCACGCGCACCGCCGCGCGCUCGCCGCCGCGCUCGUGCGCGCGUUGCACGCGCUCGCCUUGCCAGGGGGACCUGCUGGUGCAACAGAUGCUAAUAUUGACGAAUACAUGGAAAAACUCCAAACUCUCGCCACAGAAAAUAAAACCCAUGCAGUAGUAAAACAGGCUCGCGACAUACUGACUAAAAUAGAACUACCUACUAAUUGAUGUUUCAAUGGAAAUUAAAAUUUACAUAGUAUUAUUUUUAUUAAUAUGUCAAUCAAUAUACAAUAAACAGUACAA